GGGCGACGCUCGAGAUAACAGCCGGGCGGUGAUAACAAGCUGAUAAGUGAUAACAGCGGUGUUAUCAGCGUUUGUGUUGUUGACAAGACGUGAAAGCGCACGUGCCAUAAGCCGGUCGUGCAUCAUAACAAUAUCAUAUAGGUACCUCCUAAAUGAUGUCGCGGACCAGACGUAUUUCGAAAAAAUAAUAAAUAUAAUAUAUUCGGUCGGUUUCGGUUGCAAGUCGCAACACGCAAGACCGACCAUCAACGCCGUUGGCCGGAGCUCAAGUCUACACUCACGGUUACGUAUAAUGAUGACGAUAAUAAUAACGACGCUCACACGUGCCGGGCGUCUCCGUCGUUCUCUCGCGAUUCACAAGUGUUCGACGCCCUUCGUUUGGCCACCAGCCAUCUCGCCGUGAGAUCCGUAGCACAUUUUUUUUUUUUUAUUAUCGUUUAAUUUUUUUUUAUUUUUUAACCGCCCCCCGAUUGGAUCCUAGAGGAACAGCCGCCGCCGUCUCAUAUUAUUAUUAGCCGUUAUGUAAUAUUCUUCGAAAACUGGCACGGGUCCCGGCAUAGCUGCUGCUGUCGAGCGGUGGUAAACAUCCGAAGAGCUAAAUAUAGAAGCCGACUGAAGAGAGCCGCACAGACCCUUUCGCCGCUUCGGAAAUUCAAUACAAUUGUUGCCGUCUCCCGUGCGUGUGCGUCCGGCCGUGCUUUAGAGUACCUUCGAUUUGAAUACAUACUUUUGUAUACAUUUUAUCGUCUGUUUGUCUUUUUUCGCAUCGAAAGAUGAGCGACGAAGUGCUGGACUCGGUUAAGAAAUGCGUUGGCGUCAUUAAAGGUGCGAAAACGGACACUGAAAAAUUCGCCGCGCUGUUUAUGGUCACCAAAACCGUGAAGGCCGAGAAAUGCAACCCUCGCUCCAAACUUGCCCUGUUCGAAGCCAUCGAGUUCAAAUUCAUCAAACGUUUGUUGCUCAGCGACGAAGUGCCAGCUGGCUGUCCACCAUUCGUUUACAAGUCAGUGGCGAUGAGCAUACUCACGGCGCUGUGCAGUGUCCAAGAGGUUGCCACUCAUAAAGAAAUAUUACAAAAUGUUGAUGUGUUCCUAGAUAUUGUACUCAGCGAAGGUGAUGAAGACGAAGAUGAAGCGGACGAGGAUAAUCUCAUGCUAGUUAAUGAAGCUUACAAGUGUUUGAAUUUUAUUGUAACUUUUGAACAGGGCUUAAAAGCACUAUUUGAUGUUGACACAGUAGGAAAAAUGUGUAAAGUGUAUUCUCAAAAAAGUUUUCAGACAGAUGAAGCAUUGUCAUUGCUUGUUACCAUCGUUGAGAAAUUUGGUCCACCUUCCUGGGAAAAUAAUGUCCAAAACUUUAACACACUGAUGAACAUCUUAGCAGUAGAUUUUGAAACUGACCACAGUGAACGAAAAUUUAAAUUAUGUUCAAUACUUUCACCUUUAUUAGGCAAUUGCCCAGUAGAAAUUGUACAAAACACUUGUGAUAAUGAAAUAUGGCCGACAAAAUUAUUCUUAGGACUGCGAGACAUAUUGACUAGUAAGCUUGUUAAAGCACAACGAGAUCCAGCAAUCAAGUUAGCAUCGCAAAUGCUUACCACAUUUGGUGCUGAAUGGUCACUACAAGAUGAAGCAAAACCAAAAGUAUUUUUCUUGAUGUUAAUACAUUUGGCUUCAAUUGAAAUACGUAUGCAAUUAGAAAAUACAAAAUUUGAACAGGUGUUGGCUGCAGAAAAUUUACUUGGUUCAUGUUUCACAAUUCUAGAAAUAUCAAUUGCGUUUCUAUCAGCUGACACUUUAGAUUUAGAACAAAAAGAAAAACAGCAAACAUAUACAGCACUAAAAGGAGCUUUUACUGCUGUAUUAAACCUUCUAAAAACGUUAUCUGUAUCUAAAAAACCCUUAGAAAACAAAGAGAAAUGUUUUGUAUGUUUGAUGCUCAUGUCACUUUCUGCAUGGUUAACUCUAGAAACAUCUGCAAUGAAACCUGCCGUGAACAAUAUUUUGCCAUUUGCAUUACAGAUUGCCAAUGAAUCAUUCUUUGCGUACCGCGCACGUUACAUAUCAGAACAUAUAAAAUCUGAAGAUAAGCCAGUAACAUAUGAUCCUUUGAGUUCCGUGGAUGUGUUGAGAGCAUUUUUACCAGCUCUAUGUCAUAUAACAGUGGAUGACAGUGGUCGUGCUGUAUUAUUAAAAAUUAAACAAGAAGAGGUAUUGCAAGAAUGUUUGGCAUUUCAUUGGUCAAUUGCACAUUAUAAAAAACCAUUGAUACCAAAAUCUGAAAGAAGUAAACCCAGAGGGCCAGAACCUGAAAUUCCAGCCGAACGUCUGAAACAAAUGGCUGACUCAAGAGGAGCAAUUAUUAGUAUAUGCAAUACAUUCAUGAAUAUCUGUGUAUUAGAAGUUGAUUAUGUGAAAAAUAGUCCAUUGUUUUUUACUCUCAUGAAAUUUGUGUUUGAUAAUCUACCUGAAUUAAAAAACAAUCAUGAUAACCUUGUUGUGUAUGGCAACAUGGCUGUUCUGGGUUUGUUGCUACUGAAAUUGAAGACUGCUUACAUUAAGAAAAAUGACUUCUCUAUUUGCCGUUACAUACAAGCAACUAUUCGAUUUCUUUGGGAUGCGUAUACCGUUGAUGAGAAUAGCAAUAAUUCACGAUUUGUAUUAGGUCAGUUGGUUGUGACUAUGACUUAUAAAGAAGCAUGGAUCGAGUUGCAAGAGUUAUGGUUUUUGGGUAUGCAAAAUCUUAGUGGCAUCUUAACCCUUGUUCCAUGGAUAUCGGAAUUUGCAAUCGAAAGUGGUUGGGCAGAAGGCAUUAUAGACAUGUUGGUGAAAAUUAAGCCAGGUUCACUUCCAACCAAUGUAAAAUAUGCUUAUGAAGAUUUACUGUGUCGCCUUAUUGAUGCUAACAGUGAUUUGGUAGCUACGCUCAAGAAAAAAGAUGCUAUUACAGCUUGCCGGGGUCAUAAAUUUAUGGAAUUGGGUAAAAAAUUAUUUGGAGAAUAAUUAUAUUAUAAAACCAUUUGUAUUUUAUUUUCUAUAGCAUUUAUACUUAAUAUAAACAUUUUCAUUUUAUUGUAUACAAAAAAAAACAAUUAUAUAUUGUAGUAUUUGAAUCAGAAAGCAUAUUAAAUUAAGGACUAAUAUUAUAGAUAAGGGACAAAUAUUUAAAAAUAUAUUUUUAAAUUUAUGAAAUUAUAAAAUAGUAAUUAUUUUUUAUUUGUGUGUCUAUUAAAUUAAUUUCAUAUAUUAUAUGACCUAAAUAUUGCUUCAAACAGAAUAAUCUUAAAUCAAUUAUUAUUCCAGGUUAUAAAAUAGUUGUUCUUGAUGAAAAUGUUUAGUAUAAUAUAAUAAUAUUUAGUUUAUAAUAUUAUUUUUUUGGUUAAAACGUUUGUAAUAACUAAUGACUGAUAUUCUGUUUUUGUUACUUCAUUUAAUUGGGUACAAUUAUGUAAAGCCAAAUUGUAUUUCUAUGUUAGUUCAUACUGUAUCAUCAUAUUGAUAAUGCUGUAAGUACAGACAACUGUAUUUUUUUUUUUAUUAAAUCUAGUCAUUUAUAGUAUUCUUGCCAAUUUUCAAUUAAACCCAUACACAAUAAUAUAAUAUGUUGUUUAUUUUUCAUUUAAUCAGUACAAUAUUGUCAAUAUUAUUAUCCAAUUAUUAUAAAUAUAUAACUAUUAAUAAGGAAUAUAGAUUCAUGAGUAACAUCCAUGACCUCUUGUACUUAUGACAUUAGCUUAUGAAGUAAAGUAAACAAAAUUCAAUGAUGGAUCAAUUUUAAUAUUUUAUAGGUAUAUCUAAUUGAAACCAAACAAUUGAAUAAUGGAUUGAGUAGUCAUUAAACUUAAUAAAUGUAGAAUUAUAAUUUUUAUUGCAUCAAAACGAUUGUUACACAGGUACAUAAUAGUAUUUUCAUAUAACAAAGUAAUAUAUCACCAAUUUUAUUCACAUUUGGUUUUUUAUCAUAUUUUCAUUCUUUUUUUUAUACAUUGAUACACUGUUUCUUAGCAACUUAUUUUGAUAAAUAUACAUUUAUUUUGAACUAUAUAUAUUAUGCUUAUUGCUUACUCGUGUUACAUAAACUAUUUUAUUUUUGUUAAUUAAAUACAACUCUUGACACACAAACAAUCUAAAUCAAGAUAUGUAUUGUAUAACAAUACAAUAUUAUUUCUUUUGAAUCGCUUAUCACUGUGCACAUAAUUUUGUUAAGUUAAGUAUAUACAUAUGAAAUAUACACAUCUCAAAUUCCCAAAAUUCACAAAUGAUUGGUCUAUCAAUUAUUUAUCAUUUAUUUUUUUUAAUUAGACUUUUUUUCCUACCUUUAUUAACUACAACAUUGUGGCACAGAUAAUAAUAUUAUACUCAUAUAUUGUAUUGUAUUUAUAGGUAUUAGGUAAAUAUUAUCUCGUUUAGAUGCGGGAGUCUAGUGAUAAUUUAAAUAUUAUACUUUUAAUGUACAGGUAUGUAUUUUUUUUUUAAUAUAGGUAUUUUGAAAAAUGAGUGAAAUUCAAAAUGUAUUAGGUUUUUGGAAUGUUUAGUAGUUUCAUAAUGUGUUAUUUUUCUUUUAUGCUUAUAUCAUCUUACAUUUCCUUGUAAAAACUUCUUACUAUACUCCACCCCCACAUAUACUCCAACAAUUUUAAGAUAAGCGUUGUUUAGAGAUUUUAUCUACUUGGUAAG